CACUCAUCUUUAACCAAUCAAUACAAUUUCUUCAAUCUAGUACAAUCUUUACAUUUGUUUCUUCUAUUGUAUAUUGAAGCAAAAAAGGAAAACCCUUUUUUCAAGCAACAUAAAAAAAAAUUGCAUCAUUUUCUUGCCAAACUUUCUUUAAUCCCAUCCUAAUCAACCCCUUUUGGAAUCUUCUUUACUCAAUCAUAUUCUUUGCUUCAAAAUUAUUAUUUUUUUCAUUGAUUGAAUUGAAACAUAUCUUAAACCCUAUUUAACAAAUCAUAUAGUACCAAUUAUCAAUUGUUUUUGCUAGUGUUUUGUCAUUAUUGUUUAAUAGAGACUUUUGACCAAGUUUUUUUUUAAAGUAUUGAUUUUUAUGUGAUGUAAUGAGUAGGAGGUAAGGUGGAAGAGUUUGGAGAAUUCAUUAAUGGCGGAUUUGAUGGGAUCACGGGCUUACUGCUGCUUCAAGUGCCAGAACCUUGUUGCUUUUCAUGAUGAUAUUGUUUCUAAAGAUUUUCAGGCAAGCAACGGAAGAGCUUUUCUGUUUUCUCACGCGAUGAACAUAUUUUUGGGAGCAAAAGAAGAUAGAAACCUCAUGACUGGUCUUCACACAGUUGCUGAUGUUUAUUGUUCUGAUUGUGGAGAAGAACUUGGUUGGAAAUACAUUAAAGCUUAUGAAGAAACACAGAAAUAUAAAGAAGGAAAAUGUGUGCUUGAGAAGUUCAAGAUAGUUUUGGGAAAUGGCUAGUAAACAAAAUUCAUUUUAACAAUUGUUUAUGGGGGAGUUCAACAAAUGCAAUAGUUGUCUAAUUGUGAAUGUUUUUAGUGUGUAAAUGUUGCUUGUUCGGAAAGAAAAAAAGAAGUUAUUUCGGCGAGUAUCGGCCGAAACCGGUAUCAACCGGAUUUUACUUAUCUUCUGUCCGAACUCUGAAUUAUUAGGGGUCGCUUCUCUUGAAUUGAAAAAUAAAAUUAAGUUGUCAAAUAUAUCUAUCUCGUGAACAAUUGAAUUGUCCUUAAUCAUAUUGUACCAAAGAUUCUCUUCAAGAAAAUUACAAAUAUCAUUUAUUAGCCUUGUACAGAAGGCUUGGCAAAUA